CCCUCGUGCUCUUCCUGUCCUGACCCCUGACUUGAAAAGACUAUGCUCAUUCUCAUUUCUUAUGCUAUAUAAAUAUUUACUCCAUCUGCCACUCUCAUUUGAUCUUACCUUUCUCCCUCUCUCUCUUCCCCCUAUUGUAAGCUGGAAUUGCUUCAUCUCAGUUACCGUCGACAUAAUUCAUGGCUCCAGCACCAAAUUCUGAGUCAAUCAAACCAAAAGAUGUUUGCAUUGUUGGUGCUGCGCGUACACCCAUGGGUGGCUUCCUUGGCGCACUCUCAUCUUUAGCGGCCACUAAACUCGGCUCUAUUGCUAUUCAGGGUGCAUUAAAGAAGGCAAAUGUUGAUCCAUCCCUUGUACAAGAAGUAAUCUUUGGAAAUGUUCUAAGUGCGAACUUGGGUCAGGCUCCUGCAAGGCAGGCAGCAAUAGGUGCAGGAAUACCAGACACAGUGGUAUGUACCACUGUCAAUAAAGUUUGUGCAUCAGGAAUGAAAGCCAUAAUGCUUGCUGCACAAAGCAUCCGAUUGGAGAUCAAUGACGUUGUGGUCGCCGGAGGCAUGGAAAGCAUGUCAAAUGCCCCUAAAUACAUAGCUGAGGCCAGGAAGGGUUCUCGUUUCGGUCAUGACACACUUGUUGAUGGGAUGUUGAAAGAUGGGCUUUGGGAUGUUUACAAUGAUUGCGCCAUGGGAGUUUGUGCUGAAUUAUGUGCUGAAAAUCAUGCAGUAACUAGAGAAGAUCAGGAUAAUUACGCUUGCCAGAGCUUUGAGCGUGGUAUUGCUGCUCAAGAGGCUGGUGCUUUUUCAUGGGAGAUAGUUCCUGUUGAGGUUUCUGGAGGAAGGGGAAAACCAGCAACAGUCAUUGAUAAAGAUGAAGGCCUUACUAAGUAUGAUCCUGCCAAAUUAAAAAAGCUUAGACCGAGUUUCAAAGAGGUUGGAGGCACGGUUACGGCAGGAAAUGCUUCUAGCAUAAGUGAUGGUGCUGCUGCACUUGUUUUAGUGAGUGGGCAGAAAGCACUAGAGCUUGGACUGGAGGUGAUUGCAAAGAUCAGUGGUUAUGGUGAUGCUGCGCAGGCUCCUGAGAAAUUCACUACAGCUCCUGCCCUUGCGAUACCAAAGGCCAUUUCUCAUGCAGGCUUAAACGCAUCCCAGAUUGACUAUUAUGAGAUUAACGAAGCUUUCUCUGUUGUUGCUGUUGCGAACAUGAAAUUACUUGAACUUCCAGCAGAAAAAGUGAAUGUGCACGGUGGAGCUGUGUCCUUGGGACACCCUCUUGGGUGCAGUGGAGCACGGAUUAUCGUGACACUUUUGGGGGUGCUUCGACAGAAAAAUGGUAAAUAUGGCGUUGCUGGUGUUUGUAAUGGGGGAGGUGGUGCAUCUGCGGUAGUGGUAGAGCUUCUGUGAGCCUUUUUAUUGAGGCCUGUGGAUGUCUCAGCUCACCUCAAUGUUACAGGAUCAGUCUGAAACCUAGUGUUUGUGCAGCUUCUCAUACAUGGGAUUUUGUACGCCUUCCAUUGGAUGCAAAUAAUGAAGGCACUUAUCAGUAACUAGUGGAAAAAAUUUGUCAUCUUUUAGGGGGUCUUUGUUUGGUAUCUUUUUCUUGUAGACUUAGAAAUUUGAUAUGCUCAAUCCCAUAUAAACAUUGUAUUUCUUUUAGCUUGCGCGAGGGCAAAUCUUAAUGGAUAACAAUUUUAGACAUGGGCAUUGUAUUUGUUUAGGACCAAUUUGGUUGGAUUUAGUAGUGUAUUCUUUGUACCUUCCCUUUAAGGCUAGAAGAUUCUGCUAUAAUUUUCUUUUUCUGGUAGUAAUUAGCGCCUUUUACUUAUCAUUAUUCAAUGGUUCAUUCCAGAAUUUAGAUCAAAAUGGAACUCAUUCCUUGGCAAUGAUGAUUCUGUAUUUU